AUGACCACCAGAGUUGCAAGAUUUGAGGUUUUCAGUGACAUGUAUGCAGCAGAUCCUUUGUUUGGGAGGAUAUUUCAGGAGGUUGAUAGGUUUUCCAAGAUGGUAAAUUUUGUAGCUUGCAGGAAAACAAUGGAUGCUGCUCGGAUCGCUCAUCUUUACUUCAAGGAGAUUGUUCAUUUAUAUGAUGGUCAGACAGAAGUGGUGAACCAGAGUUUGGGCAAUCUUUUGUGGAGUUUGGCUAGAACUAAGCCAAAGCAAAGGAAUCUGUCUCUUUCCCAGGCAAAACUCACCUAUAACAGAUCCAAGAAUAGAACCACACAGCUAAGUCCAUUUGAGAUUGUCUAUGGUCAGAACCCAUCCGGUGUGCUGGACUUAGCCCCCAUUCCACGUGUAGGUCGUUUGAAUCACAAGGCAGAUGAGAUGGCAGAACAUCUUAGAGGCAUCCAUGAUCAAGUGAAGCUGGCCAUUCACGAGAGCAAUGUCAAGUACAUGGUUCAAGUAGAUGGUCAUCAUUGCUUGGUACUUUUUGAUGUUGGUGAGUUUGUUUGGGCAGUAUUAACUCGUGAUCGUUUUCCUGUUGGCUAG